UAAUUAAAAAAAAAAAACAUAAACAAAACUUGACGUUAUAUUUUGAACUUGGCUUGUACAACAUAGCAUGAACGCUUAUUGCUGCCAAGAAAAAAAAAAACUAAAUGUCAACGGGGAUUGUCAAUGGUGAGGCACAAUGAACUUUUAAUGCCGUCAUGAUGGCGACAAGGACGUUCAAUAACGUGGAUUGUGAAGGCCGGUAAUAUGCCUUAAAGUAAUACUUUGAUUUAGUUUAUACUUUCAAAGUAUACUUACUUAGAGACGUCUCGGGCUAACAAUUGAAAUAAUUGUUCUCGGUGAAAUUUCCGAGUGUCUCUUCCUUGUUGUGUUGUUGGUAGUUACAAUCGUAGUCUCGAUUACCUGCUUUUAUGGGUAAGUAAUCAGUGGUAAAAUAGCAGAUAAGGUUCUCUCUGAUUCCAAAGUCGCCAUGUUGUGUACAAUACAAAGCAACACAAAUUUUAUUAAAACAAAAUACAAUCGACAUAGACAUGCAUUAUGCUCUGAAAAUAAAAUUGAUGUGCAUUCUAAAAAAAAUCUACUCCCCUGGGUAUUCCGCCCAUGGCACAUAGAUAAAUAACCCUUGAUUAUAAUGACUCAGAUCCACUAUUAAAAGAUACAGAUGUGGGCCCCUUGUGGUCGACAUUGACAGAUUAGACUGACACUUCAGCUGGGCUAUCCUUGUAUGGAGUCAGAUGAUGUUUACAUAUUUCUCAAUAGUGCUGGUGUAUAAAGGAGACUCUUAAAGUGCAUAGAUGUGAUAUGAUAUCUCUUAUCUCAUUGUUAUAAAUCUUGUAGUUCAACUUUUUAAUGAUUUAUAUAAUUACUAUUUUUGUCUUGUAAUACUGUUAACCUAUGUGUAAAGUUUAAUAAUAAUAAAUAAAUAUAUGGUAUAUUAUUAGGUUUUUUUAUGUUUAUAUGUUUUUGUAUCAGGGGCGUAGCUACCGCCGUACCUGCCGUAUCAAUUAUACGGGGCCCCCGGGCCACGGGGGCCCCCAACGUGCGUUUUUGUGAGAAAUCUUUACCCUUCCUAAGGGCCCCCAAACGAAUUUUUAUACGGGGCCCCGCCAAGGCACGCUACGCCACUGUUUUGUAUUGUUUUUGUAUGUUUUUGUAUUUUACUUUUAUAUUCAUAUUGUAAAAAGCCUAACAUAUGAAGAUGAAUAAAUAAAGGAAAUAAAUAAAUAAUAAAAUUAAUAAUAUAAGAGUAGCUCUAAGGAUAUUGGAGGGAUCACUCAAGAAACUGUGAAUGUGGACUGAAUGAGGGAUGAAUCAUAUAUUUAUUAUUGGAGUAUCCUAUAUUACUUCCUUUCGUGUGAGAUAAGGUGUCCAGUCAAUAUGUUUGGUGUUAUUUUGAAUAAAUAUGUAACUAAAAAAAUAAUCUUAAAUUGUAGUCAUUCAUAAAAGUAGUGUUACCACCCGCGGGUAAGUUACGUUGUAUUUUUUGUAGAGUACAUAUUUGUUAUUAGUUUUGUGUUUGUAUAUUAAGUAUGUAUGUAUGUAUGUAGGUAUAUACUUUAUUGUACAUAGAAAUAAAAACACGAAAAACACAGUUACAGAGUAAAUUAAGUAAGUAAAUAUUCUUUAUUGCACCAACAAUUAUACAUUUUACAUACAUGUAAAACUACAAAUAAACAAACACAAUACAUGUAAAACUGCAAAUUAAAUUUUUAAUUUUUUGAAUUAAAUACAACAAAGGUGAACUUAUCCCUGUAUGGGAUCUCUUCCAGUUAACCUUUGAGGGCUUUGAGGUUUUAAGUUGUUUUGUUUCUUUGUAGGCUGGUCAAAUUUCUACUGGACACCAUCUAUUGCUGAUCAACGGAAUAAUAUAUAAAGUAGCCCAGUCUUAUCCAACCUUGAUAUUGGCUCGACAAUGCGUUGAUGAAGUUAUAAUACACAAAGAUUGAUUGACUAGUGCUCAGCAAUUUGAAUAUUUCCAAUUGAUAUGUUGAUUAAUUAAAUUGAUUGAUUGCGGCAUCUUCUUAGAGAAUAUUUGUAUAAGUCAGUUUUACAGGACUUUAUAAGUCAGGUAGACAUUUACCCAAUCCCAGCCAAUAACAUGGAGGAGUAUUACUCGUGUAGCUGCUGCCUGGUGCGCCCUCCGGAUAAAGGCCUCAAGACACUAUACAAUCAUCUCGGCAAAGCAGAGAUAUAUUAUGACAUGCUGAGAGAAUGCUUCGGUUUAAAUCUAAGUUUAGGAAAUUACGAGUGCGGAAUCUGCGAGGUGUGCGUGGGGCGGCUGCGGGACGCGAACGACUUCAAGCUGCAAGUGCUGCGCGUCCAGGACGUGCUGCACGCGCGGCUGACGGGAGCACUCCCUGCCACUGCAGAUGACAAGAUCAAAAUCAAGUUAGAGAAACCAACUGGAGAUGACGCCAUUUCGCGCGGGAUCAAGCAGGAGAGGCCAGAGGCGGAGAUGGCUGAUAGCAACAACGUAUCAGUUGCAUUACACGAAAGAUCGGCAGCGCCCGUUCCUACCGCAUCCCACAGCAUGCACUGGCGUGACCGGCCAGCUCCGAACGUUACCAAGCGCCGCUCCCAUACUGGAGAGAAACCUUAUGCGUGCAACAUAUGCGACAAAAGAUUCGUACAGAAGGGUCAUUUAAAUACUCAUUACGCAUACCACAUGGGAAAGUUUAAAUUUUCCUGCGAAUUAUGCAAAAGGGGUUUCGUACAAAAAUUUGAAUAUACUACUCAUAUGCGGAUACACACUGGUGAAAAACCAUACGAAUGUGAUAUAUGCAACAAAAAAUUUAGACAAAAGGGCAACUUAAAAAUACAUAAAAAUAGUCAUUUGAAAUAUGAUCAGAAUCGCGUAGAGCCAGGAGAAAUAACUGCAUGCAAGAAAGAGUCGUCAGAAGAAUCAGAAGAUCAAGUGCCCGCAACAUAUUUUACGUGCGAUAUAUGCAAAAAGCAAUUUGUGGAUAAAAACUAUUUAGAUGCUCAUUCAAAACAUCACUCUGGGGAUUAUCCUUUCUCUUGCGACAUUUGUAAAAGAAGAUUUAAUACGCAGUUUGCCUUGAAUACUCAUAAAUUUGAUCACUCGGGAGGGAAACCUUUUAAAUGUGAUAAAUGCAAUAAAAGUUAUAGAACAAAAAGCGCUUUAAAUACUCAUUCGUUGGCUCACACAGAGGGUUAUAAACACGAGUGUCACUUGUGUAAUAAACGAUUCAUAGUAAAGCAGAAUUUGAAUAUACAUAUGCGCGUACACACCGGAGAAAAACCUUACACCUGUGCAACAUGUGAAACUAAGUUUCGCUCUAGACAUUGCUUACAAAAGCAUUUAUUAGAGAAACACAAUCAAGUUAUAGACAAACAGUUCAGUUGUGAUACUUGUGGUAAACGAUUUGCACUACAGGGGACUUUAGAGAAACAUAUGAACAAACACACUGAGAAGGAAACUGGAGAUAAAAAGAAAGAACUAGCAUUUAUGUGUGAAAUAUGUAGCAAACGAUUUUCAACAAUAAGUAUACUUAAAUACCAUAGAGAAAUACACAAUGAAGAAAGACCUUUCGAGUGCGAAGUAUGUCAUAAAAAGUUUCAAACGAAGAGGAGUUUACAGGACCACGUGAAGGUGCACGAAGACAAAAAACACUCGUGUGAAGUAUGCGGCCAGCAAUUCAGACAUAAGUCCGCUUUGAAAGUUCAUAUCAGACGGAUGCACUCCGAAAACAGACCGCAUGUUUGCGAUGUUUGUAAAAAGGCUUUUGCAGUUCUCGCUGAACUAAAAAUUCAUUAUCGGGUACACACUGGGGAGAAACCAUAUGCAUGCGAAAUAUGCUCUAAGAAAUUUCAACGCCUGAGUGGGAUUAAGAAACAUCUUAUAAAUGUCCACCACGAGAAACCUACGAGAUUUGUUAAAUUAAAAGAAUUGAAUAAAUAUGACUAAAUUAAAA